AUGCACGGGACCUCAGAUUCGCAUCAGAUGUCCGCGAACCAACGUUUAGCUAGCGAGGUCAUCGAACGGAUUUUUUUGGUCUCAUCCAAAAGACGAUCUUCGAAUCUACAGUCUUCACUACUCAUAGACGAUGCUUUAACUACAUCAGAUGGCUAUUUUACUAUUGAAUGCUUAGAUCAGCUUCUAUUCGACAGGUUGCACCUCGAGGAGAUUCCACCUGAACGCAUUUGCCCUAGAAUGUCCUCUCUAUCCGAUGCUGCGUUUCAGCUCGAUCCAAUGUCUUAUCUGUUUGAAAGCUUCUGUCGUUCUCUUCCGUUUACAAAUUCGAAUCAGGAACUUCAUGUAAACACCGCUACCGCAUGCCAAAGUCAAAUAUUCGAACAAGCUGCACUUUGUCUGCUCUUAGAUGUUGAAAUGGAAGUGGAUAACGCAGCGGCUGGUCUCCUCCGCCUUCUCAUCUCAUCCACAGACAGGCAAGCUGGUUCGGAGGAUGUCUUCACUGUGGAUGCCUUUCUAUCUGGGGUCGUGUCUGCAGAACCUGCUGUCAAUCUAAUUAAUCCUCUUCGACCCCUUUUCAAAGGAUUGUUAAAAGAACUGGAGUCCCUAGGAGGUGACUCCAUAACUCCUCAACCGAUUAACUCCAUCCAUCAAGUUAUCCAGCAACUGACCCAGCAGAACGACCAUCCGUCUCCAAACAAAAGAGCUCGUCUUCUUUUUCAACCAGAAAGAGAUUCAUUGCUAAACGCAUGCACUUUGUUGGCAAAAUAUCCCGCCACCGCUCAACUUCUGCUUGAGUUUUCGUUUCCCUCAUCCGGGCCUAUAUCCCAGGAGGGGUGGAAGUACGAGGAAGGUAUUCUGGGCCGCUUUCUGAUCUCAAGUCCUCUGCUACCUUUACAAUCUAUUCAAACUUCGCUUCUUGAAUGUAAUACUGGUGGGAACUCGUGGGCGGGGGAGUUUUUUACUGACCAGAUCCCCAUAAAGCCCUCGGUAGAUGCUGAUAAAUCUACUAUUUGGAGGCUCACCGCCGAGUUGGAUGACAAACUCACAGUGUUGUUCCAAAAUCUCCUUCGCACCUCCAAACAAUCCGACGCUGUCAAAACCUCCCUUUUCUCCUGGCUUGGUUCUUGCCUCCACGCCAAUCGGGCUAGAAAACAGCUUGCCAACACCAUUGGUGGGCACAAUGAGCGACAGCAGAACUCAGACUUGGCGAGCGACGGUUUCCUUAAUAACCUAGCCGGCCUUCUUGUACAACUCUGCAAACCUUUGUUAUCGGCAAAGGCAUUUACGUCGAGUCUCUCAGAUGCACCGUGGAAUCUCGUGAAGCUGGAUUAUGCGCUAUCGGAUAAAGCUAAAACUAUCCUGCCAGACUUGGCUGGCGAAACUAAGUUGAGUCGUCAUCAGGCGCCGUCGUCCAGUCUGUCGCCGGAAGCGACCUUCCCAGUUCUGACCGAACUCUUCUUUCUUGCGCAUACCUCACUUCGCCUCGCCUUCCCACCACUCCUGGCGCUCCACUUCGAGACGAACAGGCAACUCCACCAGUGGGAACAAGAGGCCAUGAUGCGCUCUCCCAACGGACUCUCUCCCUUCAUGGCAGGGCCUUUGGCGGCCUCAGACGACUCUCACGAGGGUCGCUUCAUACACUACUGUCUGCGCGAACGGACGUCGCGGUUCCUGGAACAGACAGCGAUUCUGGGCUGCCCGAAUCGGCUGCACAAUUACCUCGCUUUCGUCGCCUCCACCUGUCGUCUCUUGGUUGAACUUGCUGCAAAAAAUCCCACCGCGCUCUCCCUUGUGCCCGAAUUAAUCGUCGAUAAUGUUGUGGAGGUUAUUGGUUACCUGCGUCGUCUGAAUGAUGACUUUAUUGAGUCAGCUGAUGCAUCUGACAUCAGCCUUGAGCCUUUGCUUCAAUUCUCAGUAGCCUUUAUGAGGCACACGUCGGCUCUUGCGAACCCCCACCUAAGAGCACGUCUAGCGGAGAUUCUCGAGACACUCAUUCCGUUUCGAGAUGACGAAGAAUGGAAUAGCAGGCCUAAUGGGUCAAACCUGUUCACAGUCUCGGGUUUGGGAUUCACUCGCCGAGAACAGCUGAUGUCCAACCCGAACGACCCCUACUUGAAGGAAACGAUAGCGGCCUUGCUGACCGCCUUUGUGGCAAUCGAACUGGCGCCGGGCACGGACGCCCCCUCCUCCACCCUAGACACCGUCACCGGGGCUGCACGCAACACCGAAGGCAAUGCUGGUGCCAGUCAGCAGGAAAUCGUUCAAACGGCAGCAGUGAGCUUCGAGGAGAAAUUCCACUACCGCCGACCCAUGUACGCGUGCUUCCGCUUCUGGUAUGGGAAGCCAGCUUACGACUCUCAAUUCAAGCAAUUGGAGGAUCUUGCUGUGAAGCACAUUGACGAUGCCCGUCCCCCACUGCUACUUCAAUUUCUAUCCCUCCUCAUUAACGAUGCAACUUUCCUCCUCGACGAAGCCAUUGGAUUCCUGGCCCAGCUGAAGCUAAAGGAACGCAGUCGAGAGGCUGCUGGUGGCAGGUUCCCUAACCGCGAGGAUGAAGGCAUGUUCCAGCACAUGAGUCGCCUUGCAAAGUAUCACAUCAGCCUUGGACUGGACAACAUAUCGGCCUUGCGGCGGGUUGUGUCCUUAUGUCCGCGUUUAGUUACGCACCCGGUUCUUGUUGACCGGAUUGCCUGCAUGCUCAACUACUUCCUCUCUCGAUUGGUUGGCCCCAAAAGCCGCGAGCUGACUGUUCGGGACAAAUCGACGUAUGGCUUCCGACCGGAGCUGUUUGUUCAAGAGAUCAGUCAAAUAUACGUCAUUCUGGGUCUCAACGAUCAGAGUGGGGAAGACCAAUGUCCAACCACUGUGGCCUUCCUCCGAGCUGUUGUGAAUGAUGGUCGUUCCUAUACAGCGGAGCUACUAGAUCAGGCGCUCAACGUCCUCAAUCGUGUUUCGCCGGAUCCACAAUUAACCAAAAAGUUUGGUCUUGUGGCAAAAGCCCUUCGAACUGUGGAAGUUGCAGCGACGGAGGAUGCCCUAGACUUCGAGGAUGCUCCCGAUGAUUUCUGUGACCCUAUUAUGGGUGAACUUAUGGAAGAUCCCGUGCGGCUGCCUACGUCGAACAAGGUUGUCGAUAGGAAGACCAUCUACCGCCAUCUGCUCAGUGACGCUAUCGACCCUUUUAAUCGACAACCACUGGAAAUGUCUAUGGUUGUGCCUGAACCCGAGUUGAAGGCUAAAAUACAGGCCUGGGUGGCUGCCAAACGCGCGGAGCGCAGACCGACUGCUAGUGAGUAG